AUGGCAGAACCUCAAGAGCCUGGCAACGCCCCCCCGGCGCCUUCCAAUCCCCCUCCUGCUGCAGCAACCACUGGUCCGGCCGCCUCGGAUGCGACAGCCAACGGCGACGGGUCCGACAAGCCUGAUCACAAGAAGAAUUGGGACGACAGGCGCGGCCAGAGGGGCAGGGGGAAGGCCCGCAACGGUCGAGGCGGGCGAGGCGGGCGAGGCGGGCGAGGAGGCCGGGGUGGUCCCGACAAUCGCGAUCGCGAUGGCUCAAGGGGCGAACAUGCCCCCAGGUCCAACCGACGCCCGCAGGAGGCCAAGCCCCAGCGCCGAUUUGACCCAGCCCUCACGACCGGCGACGAUGGCGAGCCCAAGCAGACCAACAUGAGCAUCCCCUUCUCCGCUGAAGAGAUCGCUGCCGAGGACCGCCGCCCUAAGCGCAAGGUCGCUGUGCUGAUCGGCUACGCUGGCACCGGAUACAAGGGCAUGCAGAUGAACCACCACGAGAAGACCAUCGAGGGUGAUCUCUUCGCCGCUUUUGUCGCCGCUGGCGCCAUCGCCAAGAGGAACGCGGAUGACCCCAAGAAGUCGAGCUUCAUCCGCUGCGCAAGAACAGACAAGGGCGUGCACGCCGCCGGCAACGUCAUCUCGCUAAAGCUGACCAUCGAAGACCCCGACAUUGUCUCCAAGAUCAACGAACAGCUGCCCGAACAGAUUCGCAUCUGGGGCAUCCAGAGGACCAACAAUGCCUUCAACUGUUACCAGGCCUGCGAUUCGAGGUGGUACGAGUAUCUGCUGCCCAGCUACUCGCUCCUGCCACCCCAUCCCCAGAGCUACCUGGGCAAGAAAAUCAUCAGUGCCGCCAGCGAGAAGGGCGUCUCCGAGGAGCGCUUCAAGCCAUGGGACGACAUCAAGGAUUUCUGGGACGAUGUGGAGAAGAAUCACAUCCAACCUAUUCUCGCCAAGUUGGACGACAAGACGCGUGAGGAGGUCAUACGGUCCAUGCACCUUAUCACCGAUGAAGCACCACCCGAAGAUGAGGACAAGGAAACGUCAUCCACGAAGCGAAAAGCAGAGGAAGAGGCUGGCCCCGACGUCCCAUCCAAGAAAGGCAAAACCGACCAGGAUAAUGUUCGAGAAAGUGCUGAGCAGCUGGAGGGAGAGAGCACAAAAGCUACACCGGGAAAGGCUGAGGUCAUAGAAGGGCAGGCCGAAGAAACCAAGCAAGAGGAGGACCCUGCAGCAAAAGCAGACCAGAUGGAUGUCGAUGAAAAGCCAACAGAUGCACCUGCAGAGGCUGCCGAUGGCACACCGGCCGAGAAGCCCAAGUACCAGCCCACGCCGGCCGAGCUUGCCCUGCGCGAGAUCAAGACGGCUUAUGUGGCAGCCAAGCGCAGGUACCGAGUCACACCCGCGCGCAUCCAGCAGCUUCAGGCCGCGCUAGACCAGUACCGGGGGACCAACAACUUCCACAACUACACCAUCAAGAAGCCCUUCAAGGACCCCUCGGCCAAGCGCCACAUCCGCUCAUUCGAGGUCAACCCCAACCCCAUCCAGAUCGGCGACACCGAGUGGCUGUCGCUCAAGGUCCACGGCCAGAGCUUCAUGAUGCACCAGAUCCGCAAGAUGGUCGCCAUGGCCGUGCUGUGCGUGCGAUGCGCCGUGCCCGUCUCCAUCAUCAAGGAGAGCUACGGCCCGACGCGCAUAUCCGUCCCGAAGGCCCCCGGCCUCGGCCUGCUGCUCGAGCGGCCCGUCUUUGAGAGCUAUAGUAGGAAGGCAGAGGGGUCCUACGACAGAGAACCCCUGAACUUCACAAAGUUUCAGAAGGAGAUCAACGAGUUCAAGCAGAAGCAGAUCUACAAUCGCAUAUAUGACACGGAGGAGAAAGAGAACUCGUUCCACAUCUUCUUCCACCAGCUCGACAACUUUGAGACCGACUCCUUCCUCUGGGUCACAGCACACGGCUUCGAGGCGGCGUUUGAGCCUAAGGAACGGCGCGACCCCAAGCUCGCCAAGACCAUGCCCAAGGAGCUGCAGGAGGAAGGGGAGGAGGACGACGAGGACCCCGAGAACGGUGAGGGCUAG